ACAAUCUACAUUUAUUUACGUAGUUAAAAUUACUGUUGCUAUGGGUAAAUUCACAGAAGUAAAGCCCAGAGAAUCCGGUUGGCUGGCAGGGAGCGGCGGAACCAAUCCCGGGCUCAGCAAGUUCUCGCGAUACCGUGAGAUCUGCAUUCCUGACGACACCGCCGCGGAGAUGUUAGUGAGACUGGCGGGUGGGCGGUGCGAGCGGCGGUUAUCUCCGAGCUCGGCUUCUCUGAGGAAAACGGGCGUUCACCUGCGGUUGGUCCGACUGUUACCAACAUGAGCGGCGUGGAUGGGGUCGAGAGGACCCCUCCCCUCCAAACCCACAGCAUCAUUAUUUCUGACCACCUCCCGAGCGACCCGGACGCACAGCAGUGCCUGAAGCUCCGCGACCAAAGCGAGGCGACACAGGUGAUGGCGGAGCCGGGUGAGGGAGGCUCGGAGACCAUCGCGCUCCCGCCUCCACAGCCUUCAGAGGAGGGGGGCGUCCCUCAGGAUCCCGCGGGCCGUGGCAGUACUCCCCAGAUCCGAGUUAUUGGGGGUCGCGGUCAUGUGGCGAUCAAAGCCGGGCAGGAAGAGGGCCAGCCUCCCGCUGAGGGCCUGGCAGCCGCUUCUGUGGUGGUGGUGGCAGUGGACCGCAGCUUGAAAAAGGGCGUUCAGGGUGGAGAGAAGGCCCUAGAAAUCUGUGGCGCCGAGAGAUCCGCGUCUGAGCUGCCGGCGGGGGCGGGGGCCGAGAACGACACCGAGGAGGUGAAGACAGGAAAGUGCGCCACUGUCUCAGCAGCCGUGGCUGAGGGGGAGAGCGCUGAGGUGGUGGUGAAGGAAGGCCUGGCGGAGAAGGAGGUAGUGGAGGAGCAGAUGGAGGUAGAGGAGCAGCUGCCGGAAGGUGAAGAAAUAGAAGUGGCGGAGGAAGAUAGAGUGGAGGAGGCGGCGAGGGAGGAGGACGGGCCCUGGCCUCUGCAUGAGGCUCUCCGCAUGGACCCUCUGGAGGCCAUCCAGCUGGAACUGGACACUGUGAAUGCUCAGGCCGACAGGGCCUUCCAACAGCUGGAGCACAAGUUUGGGCGGAUGCGUCGACACUACCUGGAGCGGAGGAACUACAUCAUUCAGAAUAUCCCGGGCUUCUGGAUGACGGCUUUUCGAAACCAUCCCCAGUUGUCCUCCAUGAUUAGGGGCCAAGAUGCAGAGAUGUUAAGGUACAUAACCAAUUUAGAGGUGAAGGAACUCAGACACCCUAGAACCGGCUGCAAGUUCAAGUUCUUCUUUAGAAGAAACCCCUACUUCAGAAACAAGCUGAUUGUCAAGGAAUAUGAGGUAAGAUCCUCCGGCCGAGUGGUGUCUCUUUCUACUCCAAUUAUAUGGCGCAGGGGGCAUGAACCCCAGUCCUUCAUUCGCAGAAACCAAGACCUCAUCUGCAGCUUCUUCACCUGGUUUUCAGACCACAGCCUUCCAGAGUCCGACAAAAUUGCUGAGAUUAUUAAAGAGGAUCUGUGGCCAAAUCCACUGCAAUACUACCUGUUGCGUGAAGGAGUCCGUAGAGCCAGACGUCGCCCACUAAGGGAGCCAGUAGAGAUCCCGAGGCCCUUUGGGUUCCAGUCUGGUUAACAUUUGCCCUUGGGAAUACUCCUGCACAAGGUCUCCUACCACCUUCUGCUGGACUUGUGCUUGGGCAUCAGCAAUGGGUAUGUCUUCUACUGUGUUUUGUUUUUGCUGACUUUUCUGCACCCUCUUUCCUUUGGAUAUUCAGUUCUCUCAACCAACCUUGAGACGGUGGUGGGUAUGCGUCUCCACUUCCAUAUGACCUUCAUGCUGUUCUGGAAUAUCACAUGCUACGAGGUCAUCCUUCACGCUACUUGUAAGCCAACAAAUGAUACUGUAGAUUGUACUGCCUUUAUCUGCACUGCUUGGACGCUGUUUAUUCCCAGGGCCUCUGAACUGGUUGCUAUCACCUGGAUUUCUACCUUUGGGAGCCUAUUCCACCUACUCAGCUCUGCAUCGUGAAGUAAGGGCACAUGCCCUGUGGACAGUUACUGGACGUUAAUGAACUCAAGAGAAAAGCAGUGAGCCGCUUGUUUUGUGUGAUUUAUGCUACUUUAUUGCUCUUCCUUCACCUCUAGUCACUUUCUAUUGCUACCUGCCCUGCAUUGGCCCCUGCCAAGGUCCCUCUCUCCCUCUUUUCCUCUGCCUUUUUUUUUUUUUUUUUGAGACGGAGUCUUGCUCUGUCGCCCAGGUUGAAGUACAGUGGUGCGAUCUCGGCUCACUGCAACCUCCACUUCCCGGGUUCAAGCGAGUCUCCUGCCUCAGCCUCCCGAGUAGCUGGGACUACGAGUGCGCACUGCCAUGCUGGGCUAAUUUUUGUAUUUUUAGUAGAGAUGGGGGUUUCACCAUGCUGGCCACGCUGGUCUCGAACCCCUGACCUCGUGAUCUGCCCGCCUCAGCCUCCCACUCCUCUCUCUUAAGUAUUAGCUCAGAAAUAUUUGUAAAAGCAAGCUUUUAAUUUCAUUUUGGUUCUGUCAUUUUCAGAGACAAACAAGUUGUCCUGUAAAAUAGAGUGCUAAAGCUCUUAUGCCCCCACCCCUUUCUUUCUUCCCAACUUCCUACUUCCUAGCCCUUUUAUCAGCUCCUAGAAUAUUUAAAGGG